UUCGAAAAAUUCUAUGAUGUGUAUAGACUUUGCGUGGCAACUGUCUUCAAUUGUUGUUUUCGCUUGCUGAUAUUACUGAUAAGCAGCGAUGUGUACUGAUUAUUUAUUUAUUUCGUACAUUGGUAUGGUGUAGCGAAUUUGUGAACUCUAAUAGUAAAAUGUAUUAGUAGAGUUUUUUUAAUCAUUUACAGAAAUAUCCCGGAUGUAAGGAGUAAUCUAUUAAUACUAAGCUCACUCGUCACCUGUUACUGAAACUAUAUGCAAAAAUAUAUAAAAAGAUAUUUUUGCUAUGACAUAAUCAUCAUGAAAUCCCCUAAAGGAAUCUCUGCAUAAAGGCCGUUUUCAUGGUUGUAUAUCGUAAAGAACCGAAUAACUUAGAUCCACUAACAGGAACUACGGCUGCAGUUGAAGAGACCACUGCCAAUGAAGCUGGGAAGAAUGCCAUUCCUCAGAUGGCUCCAAGGGCCAUCCUGACAUCACGACCCAACUCCCACCCAUUCAGGGAAAGAGAACUUGUUCUAGAUCAGCCCAUCAAAGUAGGACGUUCUGUUGCCAGGUGCAGGCCAGCAGUCAACAAUGCAAUCUUUGACUGUAAAGUUUUGUCCAGAAAUCAUGCACUCCUGUGGUAUGAAAAUGGAAAGUUCUAUUUGCAAGAUACAAAAAGCAGUAAUGGAACAUUUGUGAACAACCAAAGGCUGAGCAAAGGUUCUGAAGAGUCUCCAGCCAGAGAAGUCUGUUCUGGAGACAUAGUACAAUUUGGUGUUGAUGUGGUUGAAAAUCCUCGCAAAGUUGUUCAUGGCUGUAUUGUUGCUACUCUAAAAUUGUAUUUACCUGAUGGGAAGGAAGCCAAAGCCAGCCCUACGACUACAGUUGUACCGCUAUGUCCGGAAACAGCAGUUUCUUCUCAAGAACUCUAUCAGCUGUCUCAGUACCUUCAAGAAGCUCUUCACAGGGAACAAAUUCUUGAGAAUAAACUCGGAACUUUAAGCAGAGUUGUGGCAAAUACACAGGAUGAAUCCGAUAUUGGCUGGAAGGCACUGAUUGAAGAAGACAGACUUUUAAGUCGAAUAGAGACCUUGGAAAGCCAACUUCAAACUUGUGGAGGAAAAAAUGUUACUGAAGAAAAACUGAAAGAUGAUGUUGUAAAAUUGCAAGAGGAUAAAGACAAAUAUCAACUAGCUGCAAAAGAAUCUCUGAAAAAAGUUUUACAAGAAAAACUGGAAGCCAUCAGGAAAAUUCAAGAUUUGGAAAACUCUCUAAGCAAUACUGAAAAUGAAUGCAGCCACUUAAUGGAUAUAAAUCAGAAAAAAGAACAAGAAAUUGAACUCUUGCUGGAUAAAGCUGCUGAAAAUGAGAAAGAAAUAGGAAAUUUAACUAAAAAACUGGAAGAAAUCGAAGAAAAGUAUCAAAAUCUUAUAAAUCAAACAGCAGAAGAUAAAAUCGUGCAGGAAACAAAUGCUGAGGAAAUGCGAAAAGGGGAACAAUUGCUAUCUACAAAAAUUGAAGCUCUGAAAGCUGAGAAUGACUUUGCAAAGGAACAAUUAAAUGCGAUGAAAGCACAUUUUGACAUUCUUAAAAAGGAUCAAACUUUGGAUAGUAAUGUUGAAGCAAAUGGAAAUUUAUCCACUCAUGAUAAGCUGAAUUCAACAAAAUCAGAAACAACAGAGAAAAAUUUAAUUCAAGUACUAAGUUGUGAAGUCAAUAGGCUAGAGUUAGAACUUCAGAGAGUUCAAAAAGAGAAUUUUAAAAAUGAAUCCUUGUCGAAUUCUGAAACAGAUGAAUGCACUUCGAACGGAGAUGCAAAACCUCCCGACUAUGUAAACAAACUUCAAGCAGAUGUACAACAUUUAAAAAAACUUUUAUCUGAAGCUCGAGAUAACAAAAAGCUUGCGGAUUCUGAAUUAUUGCAUGCCAAAAGUCAGUUAGAAGAGGCAGAAAGAGAUGUCAAAUCCAUAUCUGCAGAAUUGCAAUUUGUUUUAGAUCAGUUAUUAAGAGCUAAGCAAGAAUUGAAAGAGAAAACUGACCAAGCACAAAUACUAGAAAAUAAACUAUUAUCUUUAAGUAAUGAAAAUGAUCCAGUUAGGCAGAAAGAAAUAAUACAAGAAACAUUAAAUGAAUUGCAAAAUCCUUCUCAGAGCCCUCUCAAAGAUUCACAAGAGAAUAUUACAAGUCUUGUACUUAGUAAAGAAAAUGAAUAUGUUUCUUUUGCUGAAUAUGAAACUCUUAAGAAAAAUUGUGUCAUCUUUGAGGAACAAGUUAAAACACUGGAAACAGAUUUAAUGAAGCAUGUUUAUGAAAAUUCACGCUUAGAAGCUCAGAGUAAACUGUUAAUAACCACCUGUUCUCAACUAGAAGCUGCAAAAGCCAACUCUUUUGAGAGUGACCCUGAUUCUCAAGACGAUCUCACACCCAUUAUCAAGUCUGAUUUAGUUGACACUAUUAAAAAAUUAUUAGAUGCUCAAGAAGAGAUAACUCUGAUUAAAGAGAGAUACGAAGAAUGUAACAAGGAGAAAUCUUAUUUGCAGAGUGAGCUUAAUGUGUUAAAGGAACAACUUCAGCUACUCUCUGUGCAAUCUAAAACUGUUUCUGUGUGUUCUAUCAUCCCUCUGAUCAUUCUUGCUGUUGCUGUCAUGUUGGCAUUCUACCCAACAUUGGCACACCUCACUGCCACAUCCGACCAUAUGUAAUUAAUGAAGAUGCCUUAGCUGCCUGCAGCAGAAGCGAAUAUACUGUAGUUCCCCCAUAUUUUGUUUUAAUAUCCUCUUUUGCUUUAUUUGUAAUUAGUUAUAUUUUAUUGGCAUGGUCAGAAGCCAGCCAUUUUGUACAGUUAAUUCAAAUUUUAUUUGAUCCAUUUUGAAUAAAACAUGUAUUAUGUUUAUGUUUCUUUAAA